CGGUGGUUGAAAACUGUCGUCGCAUGUCAGUCCUACAUAGGCGGUCACGCGGUUAAGCAAGCCUUCAAUUCCAUGUCGCCGCCUCUCGUCUUGUUUCUUCAGUACGGGUUUCUCCUGAUUAUCGCCCUCAGAAAUGGUGUUUGCGAUGAGCACGAGUAUAGAUUAACAAAGCACCUGCUGGACGGAUAUGACGCGGGCGUGAGGCCAGCUAAAAAUGCGUCCCAGCCGUUAGUCGUGGUUUUUGGACUCUCUCUUCAUCACAUUAUUGAUGUUGAUGAAAAGAACCAGAUACUCACGACCAACUGUUGGGUCACGCAGAUUUGGACCGACCACCAUUUGAAAUGGAAUGCCUCGGAAUUCGCUGGAAUUCGAGUAAUCCGCGUUCCAUAUAAUCGCGUCUGGCGACCUGACAUCAUUUUGUACAACAAUGCAGACCCACAAUAUAGUUCAGCGGUCAUCAAUACAAACGUGAUCGUCAGUCACACGGGCGAAGUGGUCUGGUUGAGCCAUGGUAUCUUCCGCAGCAGCUGCGACAUAGACGUAGAAUUCUUUCCCUUCGACGAGCAACGGUGCGCCCUUAAAUGGGCCUCGUGGACAUAUGACGGAUACCAACUCGAGCUGGAAAGGCAGAGCGCGCAAGGGGACGUGAGCAAUUAUCAGGCGAACGGCGAAUUCGAUCUUCUGGACUUUACCGCCCGCAGAAACGUCGAGUAUUACUCCUGCUGUCCGGAACCGUACCCCGACGUCACCUACGAGAUUCGCUUACGACGACGUCCGCUAUUCUACGUCUUCAACUUGAUCCUGCCUUGCAUACUAAUCAACGGCGUUGCCCUGCUAGUAUUCUACGUGCCCUCGGAGUCGGGGGAAAAAGUCACCCUCGGCAUCUCAGCUCUCCUCUCCAUGACGGUGUUCCUGAUGACCAUCCGCGAAACUUUGCCUCCCACAGAAAAAACGCCACUAAUAAGUCUCUAUUAUGGCGUCAGUAUUUGCUUGGUGUCGUUCGCAUCUGGUUUGGCGGUCGUGACAUUGAAUUUGCAUCACCGUGGGGUACGAGGAGCACGGGUUCCACGUAUUGUGAAGUGGCUGGUUUUAGACAAAUUAGCCAGGAUAGUAUUUCUGAAUUUCCAAGAGGAGAAUAGAUCGCAGGAGCCGGCGGAACAAUUCCCGAGGAGAAAGAACAAUUGUCCAUUGCACUGUAAGCCCGAAUUGCCGGAGCAGCACGUAUCCCCCAAGUACGUAUCGAAAAGGGAUGAUAGUAACAGCAGUAGUCCCAGCUUAGAUCUCGGAAAGGAAGGCGGCCUUGAGGCGCAGUGGUCCCGGGUCCUGGGAAGAGUGCAUGCAACCAUCGAGAGGAACGAGCGGCGCCUGGUUGAGCAGGAUCGCCGGGAAAGGACAGAGUUAGAUUGGAAACAGGUCGCCCUAGUCAGUGAUCGUGUGCUGUUGUGUGUUUUCCUUCUCACAACGAUCGUCAGCACGGCGGUGAUUUUAUGCGGCUCGCCCCCGACUCCGGAUACGUCCAAAGAUGGGUAAUCAUCGGAUUAUCAAUCCGUCUAAUAGUUGGCUAAUCGACCAAUCAACGGUUCGAGACCAACACUAUCAAGAAUCAUCAACGGCGCCUCGAAAUGGAUCAUUUCGUUCCAUGUAUUAACAAAGCAACUUCGCGGAUUGAUACGACAAAUAAGUGAACGUUUCCUGUAUUUGAUAAGAAAUUAUGUAGUCCGUUCAUGUGAAGGAUAAGUUUUACGAAACGGAGAAUUAUUUUCCGUGUCUUACUAUUUGUAAUAUGUAAAAAAAAUUAUAAAUAUGUCAUCUCACGUAAUUUGCAAUCUGUUCUUAUUAUUUGUAAAUAGUUUAAUUUUUGAUUAUUUUAUCAGAUGUAGGUAAAUAUAAUAGAUAAAUAAUAGAAGGAAAUCAUUUUGAGAUCAAUUCAAGUUGCAAAAUUACACGUUUUCAUAUUUUUACACAGUUAAUUCUUUUAAUUUUUUAAAUAUAUUUGUUUCCUAUAUCGAAUAGAUAUAUAUAAGAGAGUGUAUCAUAUAAUUUUAAUCAGCUAUAGAAUACUUAGAAAACAAGAUAUUUAUCUCUAAAGUGAUUAAAUCGCUAAGGGAAAAUUUAGGAAAAUAAAUACCGAUGUUUAUUAACUCGACGACACAAAUUGUUUUUAUUUUUAAACAGACGUAGAAAUCUUAUACCGAUUCGUAGUUUAAGACUUGCGGCUUAAUCGCAAGUCUCUAUUGUGGAUAUUCUUUUUGAAUGUGUCUAUUAAAUGGAAGAAUAUAAUUCUGAAGUAGCUAAAGAGACUGUAAAUACAUGCAUCGAAUUUAUCGUGGAAAUGUAUGUAAAUUUAGUGAUGCAAUAAGUUUGUUUUAAAAAUAUAUAAAUGUAACCUUGAUAUAAUCUUUCCCUCUCGAUAAAGAACUUAUCCAAAUGUAAGACGAAUGUGUCAUUAAUGUUAAUGUACAAGACGUACUCAAACAGGGUCGAAAGUAUAAAAUUUAAGAUUUAAGCGGAAUAAAUAAACUUUAUUUACUUAUUGCA